UUUUAGGUGUGUUUCCUUUCCUCGCACUUUCAGACUGAACAAAGUAAACCUGACAGAUGCUAAUAAAUACACGGAGGAAGAAUAUGCUCAUUUAGUUAAGUAAAUUGAUCUGAGAUUUUCAAUCCAUGUUUUUUUUUUUGUUCUGGAUUCAGAAUCUAAUGGAAGAAGAUUUGUUGGGCAUUUGUGGGUUUGAUUCUUCGAAGAAAUAUCGAUUAGAAGAACUUGCCAAGUAUCAGUCUGGUUCAUGUAUUGAGUUUGAAGAUGUUGAAGGAGAUGAUGAAAUGGCAGUAAAUUAUCCAUGCCCGUUUUGUUCAGAUGAUUAUGAUUUAGUUGAAUUGUGUCACCAUAUCGAUGAGGAGCAUCAACUAGACGCUAACAAUGGGAUAUGUCCGGUUUGUAGCAGACGGGUGAAGAUGCAUAUGGUUGAUCACAUUACCACGCAGCAUAGAGAUGUCUUCAAGCUUGAACAAAAGCAAGGACUUUACAAGGAUGAGUCAUAUUCAGCAUUUUCUCCAAGGACUAAGAAAUACUUACAGUCUCUAAUCGAUGAGCCACUGUCUACUAAUCGUAUAUCUAAAAGUGUUCCAGACCCAUUAUUAUCAUUUAUCUACAAUCCGCCGUCACCAAACCAGUCCAAGCUUGUACUGCCUGAUUCAUCAAGUGAAGCAAGCAUGGAAUUCAAGAGCUCUAUAAGGGAUUCAACAAAAAGAGACUGGAAAUCGCUGUCUCCCUUGUCAGAUAUGGAGCUACUAGAGAAGGCAAAGAAGAGAGAGUUUGUACAAGGUUUAAUAUCAUCAGCCAUAUUUGAUCACAUUUCCAACUUCUGAGUAAGAAUAAGAGAAGAUGUGAUACAUUGUUUGAAUCUUUGUUGCUCUUAGUUAAGUAUUUGUAUAUGAAACUCUGGCAAAGUACACUAGAGUAGUCUAUAAUAUAAGCCAAUGAGCUUCUGUUUAUC